CAUCUGUGUUCUUCUGCCUGCAUCCCCAGCCUGUGCUUGUGUUGCAGGCUGGGAGGUCUUCAGCAUCGGGACUUGGAGCAGCUGCAAUGCCUGCAUGUCCACAUGCAGCUCUGACACCACAGUGGAGCUAGGGAUGUGGUGCACCGGCCUGGGGCUGCCACCAGAUGGGGAAUGCUGUGGAGUGAUGCUGAACUGCGGUGGCUGUGCCAGGGGACAGCCAGGGCAUCCCCCUGGUCCCCCAGGCCUGUGGCUCUUGUGGGCAGCGUGGGGCAGAGUACUGCUGGGCUGGCUGGGUGUUGGGUGGCAAAAACCUUCUCUGCCCUCCCAGCAGGCACAGAACAAGGGGCGAAGCAUGGCACAGUUCAAUCACACCAUAACAUUCCCGGCGGAGCUCAUGAAGGGCAACCGGGCACUAGAGAAGCAGAAGCUCGUCUGCAUUUACAUCCACAGUCCUUGCAUCUUCGUGGAUGAGCAGAACAGAUCUGUACUGAACAACCACAUCCUGGGAGCCUUCCUGCCGAACAGGACCGUGACUGGGCUCAGGAGCCGUGUGAAGAUCCAGUUCUGGCACAACAUGGUGCUGGAUGCCUCCAAUGCAACCUGUGUCUUCUGGGUGCCUGGAGCUGGCCCAGGCAGUGCAGGCAACUGGAGCAGCGAGGGCUGCGAGACCCAGCACAAAGAGGGCACCGUUGUCUGCCUCUGCAACCACCUCACCUACUUUGCCGUCUUGAUGGUCCAUAACCCUUCUUCCUUUCCCCUCUUCCCCCUGCUUAGCUCCAGGCAGCUCAGUGGGGAUGUGGGUGUGCGUGGGUGUAUGUGGGGGUGUAGAAGGUGCUAUGAGGGGUGGUUUAUGCGAGAAGACCCCCCCUGCCCCCCAUUUUCCCAGCUGGUGGGUGCUGUGUGGGACCUUCCUGUGGCUCACCCCAUCCCUACCUCUCUUGGGCAGAUCCAGGCACAAAAUCUGAGCCAGGCUGAACUGAAGUCUCUCACGAACAUCAGCAUUGUGGGCUGCUCCAUCUCAGCCACUGCCACCUUCUGCACCCUCCUAUUCUACUGCUUCUCCAGGCACCGGCCGCAGGGCAACACGACCAAGAUCCACAUGAAUCUCCUGGCUGCGCUGUUCCUGCUCAAUGGCAGCUUCCUGCUGAGCACGCUGCUGGCCACCAGCACCAAGGGGCUCUGCCGGGCUGCUGCUGCCCUGCUCCAUGCAAGCCUCCUCUGCUCCCUGGCAUGGAUGGGUGCCGAGGCAUUCCACCUCUACCUCCUCCUCAUCAAGGUCUACAACAUCUACAUUCAGCAAUACCUCCUCAAGCUCUGCCUCUUUGCUUGGGGUCUGCCCACGCUGGUUGUGAUGGCUGUUCUCAUCUUCAGUGGCGAAACCUACGGGUACCAUGUCAUCAACACCACUGACGGCUCCAAGAUGAGCAUGUGCUGGCUCACCAGCCAGGUGGCCCACUAUGUCACCCUCUGCUAUGCUGGCCUCAUCCUGCUCUUCAACAUGCUGAUCCUGGUGGCCGUGGUAGCAAUGCUGGGGAGGACCCAUCGCCAGAAGAAGCAGGCGAGAAGGGACUGGGCAACGGUGCUGGGGCUCACCUGCCUGCUGGGAACCACCUGGGGGCUGGCCUUCUUCAACUUCCACGUCUUUCUCAUCCCCCAGCUCUACCUCUUCACUAUCCUCAACUCCCUGCAAGGUCUCUUCAUCAGCCUGUGGUACCUCACCACAUACUGCCGCAGCAAGUCCAGCUCUGACAGCAGCACCUCCAGAUAACACGUCCUGCUGAGGGGCUGUGGGGAUCCAGGAGCUGCACAGGAAGUAUUUGAGCUGCAAAGGAGCUGCCCAGAGCCAGGGGCCUGCACCCACCCACAGCACCACUGCUGUGCCCAGCUGCCCUGCACCACCCCGGACACUUGGCUCGGGGGGCCCUGCUGCCCCCCUCACUUUUACUGGAACUGACUUCUCCCACAGGGUGCAAAUGGGCUGGAGCAGAGCGGGACAUGGGACAGCCAGCCAUUGGCACCCUCUAUCUCAAAGCAAAGCAGCAGGCACUGGUGCAUGGUGAUCACUCUCCCCAACAUCUCC